AUGGCCGCACUGGUGUGGGAGCCGACAGUCAAGCUGCAAGUGCGGCAUUUGGUGUCUGCAGGGUGGGUAGUUCGUCGCCCCAAAGGCGUGCGGUAUGCCGACACCUUCUCGGUAGUCAUACCCGUGUGCGGGGACUCGGUGGACUGGGAGGUGUGCUUCGACGCGAGCAGGCCGUGGCUCGCGCCGGACCUCGUGCUCAGGCCUCCUGGGUUCAGUCCGUUGGGUGCCCAGGGGAGCCGAGUGCCGGGGCUGCUGGCGAGCUGGGACGUGUCGGACGAGGGAGCCCUCACGCGGGUGCUGUCGGCCGUCCUGGACGAGUUCAACGAGUGGCAGGCGCGAUCAGUCCGUGAGAACGCAGACGAGCGGCUGGCCAUGGAGCUCGCCACCCUGGACGGGCUGGAGGGCCUGCAGUGCGCGCUGCUCCCUGCCCCGGGCGCUCCGGACCUCAAACGCGCAGUCCUCUCGGUUCCCUUCGGGGCGGACGCGCUGGCCGUGCUGGCGACGGCGAUACAGCUCCGCGCUGAGCGCGAGGGCGGCGUGCAGGGUCAGGAGACCACCGCGGCGCUGCAGGCCGCAGCCAGGGCGACCGGCGCGAACGCGUGGCCGCAGCUCACGCGGCUCAACGCGGCCAUGGACGUGAGGAAGCAAGGCAGCUCCGACGCGCCGCCCGCCCCGCAAUCACGCCUCGUCCUGCACGCGUCAGCGCCGCAGCCCGUCCGCAGCGCGCUCCUCGACUUCAAACUCCCGGACUGGCCCGAGGGGUCCAUGUUCGUCGAGUACGUCGCCAGCGCCGAAGCCAAGCUCGCCGAGUUCGCCCAGACCGCGCUGCACCGCGCCGAGACGGGGGCGCCUGCGAGCGUCGGCGACGUGGCGGCGCAGGACGGCCUGACUCAGGCGCUGAAGACGUUCUACCAGCUGGCGGACGUGCAGCCCCCCUACCCGGGCGACGGCGGGGCGCGCGUGGUCUUCCAGUACACCGCCGAUGACGGGACGGACCUCCUUGUUCGCGUCGUGUACCCAGAGCCAUUCCCGCACGCGCCGCCGCAGUUCACGCUGGUGAACGUGCCCGGCGGCAGGGCGGUGUUUCCUCCGGGUGGGUUUGCGCUGCCGUCGCCGCCGUGGUCCCCUCGCUGGCCGUACGACGAGGCCGCGGGGCGCGUGUUUCAGUGGUUCACGACCGAGGCGGAGAAGGCCAUCAAGGACGCACCGAAGCAGAAGGGCCGCGGGUGGGGCAAGGUGUUUGGGGGCGGGGGCACCAGCAACGCCGGCGGCGCGGACGCCGCGGAGGAGGACAUCACGGACAUCCUUUCGUAG